AGGCUGUAAUAGCGCAGGGACCUUCCUGUCCCGGCCUCCGGACACCUGGGUCCCUCCCAGGCCGGCUUCCCCCGUCCCCCUGCGUGCCCAGAGGCAGGAUUCCUGAUCCCUGAUCUCCGGGAUGGAGAACGGGGACGAGCCGUGUGUCCGGGAUCUCCAGGGCACCGAGGAAAGGGAGACACUGGCCGUCACUUGCACAGGGAACGAGCCUGCCUGGAUUCUCCCUCUCUCCCCAGUAGGUGCUGGGAUGGAGGAGGAUAAUCCCGAGCAGGAAGGGCCUGCAGGAAGGGAGCCUUGCGGGAUGUCCUGGGGCGCUGAGCAGGGAGAGGCCAGCAGGGCUGGACGGCAGCAGGAGACAGAGGUGAUAUCUCUGGAUGACACGGACAUCAAGGUGGUGACAGAGCACAACCAAGCCCAGGCUGAGGCGCGCCCCUACAGCUGCUCAGACUGCGAGAAGAGCUUCAGCCAGAGCUCCCACCUGGUCCAGCACCAGCGCAUCCACACGGGCCAGAAGCCCUACAAGUGCACCGAGUGCGGGAAGUGCUUUGUCCUCAGCUACAACCUCAUUGAUCACCAGCGCAUCCACACCGGGGAGCGCCCCUACAAGUGCGGCCAGUGCGGGAAGGGCUUCAUCCGGAGUUCCCACCUCUUCCAGCACCAGCGCAUCCACACGGGCGAGCGGCCCUACCAGUGCAGCAAGUGCGGGAAGAGUUUCAACCGCAAUUACACCCUGGUGAAGCAUUACCACACCCACAUCGGGGAGCAGCCCUUCAUCUGCAGCGAGUGCGGGAAGAGCUUCAGCCUCGGCUCCUUCGCCCAGCACGUCCGCACCCACACGGGCGAAAAGCCCUACAGCUGUGCCGAGUGUGGUGAAAGUUUCAGCAGCAGUUCCAACUUGAGCCAGCACCGGCGCAUCCACACCGGGGAGAAACCCUACAGCUGUGGCCACUGCGGGAAAAGCUUCAGCCAGAGCUCCAACCUCAUCAAGCACCGGCGCAUCCACACCGGAGAGAGACCCUACAGCUGCCCCGAGUGCGGCAAGACCUUCAACCAGAGCUCGUCACUCAUGCAGCACCGGCGGAUCCACCGCGGCGAGCGGCCCUACGAGUGCACCGAGUGUGGGAAGUGCUUCAUUGACAGCUCCAAGCUCAACAAGCACUGGCGCACCCACACCGGUGAGCGGCCCUACAAAUGCACCGACUGCGGGAAGGGCUUCAGAGACAGCUCUGCCCUCAUGAAGCACCAGCGGACCCACGCCAAGCAGAUGCAUCUCAGCUGUGGGGAGGGGACUCUCGAGGGAGGGAAAUUGACAGGACUGCAGGGGGACUCUCUGGCAGUAUAUCAUAGGAUUGAGGGACCCAGAGAUGAGCUGCCAGAAGAGCCUCUCCUGGAUUAUAUAGACAGGAACUAUCCCCUCUGUUCUCAGCCCUCGCGGGAGGUCAUCUCAUCGAGCGCCGUCUCGCCUGUUUCCUUCCCCGGCCCGGCCGCGAUCCCCCGCAUGGAGCCGAGGGUCCCGGAUCUCCAGGGCUCCCCGGGAAGGGAGCUCCCCAGAGGCGCCCGCACAGCAGAUGCCAGGACAGAGGAGGACAACUCCAAGCAGGAAGGCCCUGUGGGAGCAAAGCUGCAUGGGAUGUCCCAUUGUCCCAAGCAGGGAGAUGAUGCCUGUGGGGUAGGACAACAGCAGGGAGCCCCCGCGGGGCAGAGACCUAAUGAUCUCGCCCAGCUGACCUCCAUCCCAGCAGAGAAACCCUACAAAUGCCACGAGUGCAACAAAAGCUACAGCCUGAGCUCGAACCUGAGCCGCCAUCGCAGGAGCCACACGGGGGAGAGAUCCCACAAAUGUGCCCAGUGCGGGAAGAGCUUCCACUUCAGCUCCCAGCUUGUCCAGCACCAGAUCGGCCACACUGGGGAGCGACCCUACAGAUGCCCCGACUGCGGGAAGAGCUUCGGUGUGAGCUCCAACCUUCUCCAGCACCAACGCAUCCAUUGGGUGGAGCGACCCUACAGCUGCACCAACUGCGGGAAGAGCUUUGGCCACAGCUCCCUCCUGGCCCAGCACCAGCGCAUCCACAUGGACGAGAGACCCUACAAGUGUGGGGAGUGCGGGAAGGCUUUUGGGGUGAGCUCAGCCCUGAUCCGGCACCAGCGGAUCCACACGGGCGAGAGGCCUUACAAGUGUCUGGUUUGCGGGAAGAGCUUCAACCUUAGCUCCAACCUUUUCACCCAUCGCAGGAUCCACUGGGAUGAGAAACCUUAUAAAUGCCCUGAAUGUGGGAGGAGCUUUAGCCAGAGCUCAAGCCUCAGCCGCCACCAGAUCAGCCAUACCGGGGAACGACCAUACAAAUGCCCCGAGUGUGGAAAGUGCUUCAACCAGAGCUCCCUCCUGAUCCGGCACCAGCGGAUCCACACGGGGGAGCGACCCUACAGAUGCUCCCAGUGCUGGAAGAGCUUCCUACGGAACUCCCAGCUGAAGAGACACCAGAGUGUCCACACUAGCAGGUGCCAGGACAGCAGGUGAGGAGAAGCCCCAGCUGGACAGGCCCGUGGAAGCAGAGCCUCAGCGGACAUCCCGGAGCACCAAGUGGGGAGAUGCCAACGGGCCAGGGUGGCAGCAGAGAGAUCUCCAGGAGGGAAGAGGCUUGUGGGCACUCGGGGUCCUUAUGGGGAUGCAGCAGGGGGAGCAAGCCUACCACUGCCCCGACUGCGGAAAGGGUUUCAGCCAGAGCACAAACCUCCUAACCCACCGGCGAGCACACCUGGAGGAGAGACCCUACGAACGCCCUGAUUGCGGGAAGGCCUUCAGCUAGCGCUCCCACCUGCUGGAGCACCAACGCA